CAAAUGUACAAAACACAAUCAACAAAUAAGAUAAAAACAAUAUAAGCUAUAAGAUAGAUUAGGAUUAAGAUAGAUUAAGAAAGAUAGAUAGUCAUGGUAGGUUGCUCUUUUUCAAAAGGAGGGGUCCACAGCACCUUCAUUGAGGAAUUACUGAAUAUUUUAUACUUUUAGUUAACAACUUUCUCAAUCUGAUUAAAUUAGAGAAAAAUCUAAAUGAUACAUUUUUAACACUACCUCAAAUUGUUGUUGCAUCCAGGAGUGCUAAUUUAAACUUGUUUCAGUGAUUUUAACUGGUACUCUAGGACAGUUAACCAGCAGCUUGCCUUACCUUAGGAGGAAUGAUGAGAAUCGUGUUAACAGCUGCAUGUUACAUGGCAGUGCUAUCUCUGCUUUAGUAGUUCCUUUAGGAUUUGUGCUGCUUUUUAACUUUGUAGUGGUUAUUAUUGUGCUAGACAUUAGUUAUAAGGUGCUUAGAAUAAGGAUUUCCAAGCGUAGUGGAGGAAUUACUGAUGCUAAGCCUGAGACUAAGCUCCUGUUUCACACUAUGGUUAAAAAUACUUUUCGUCUUUCCUUUUUGCUUGGGCUUCCUUGGUUUGUUGGUUUAUUAUCUACUAAUACCACUCAGCAAUAUGCAACAGUCAUACUGAAUUCUUGUUCUGGAUUCUACAUAUUUUUCUACAGUAUUGUUGAAGACCCUAAGGUCAUGCCAGAGGGAAAGAAGAAAUGUAGAGCUAUGAUUACAAUGUUCUGGAACAGGUUGCAAGUUCUGGCAGAGCUUUGUAGAGAUAUGUUUGCAUUGUUCUGGAACAGAGCUCUUAGGUUCCAGGUUCGGGCAGAGUUAAGAGACUUGUUAUUAUCAUGUUGUACUAGGUACGAACACUACAAGUUAUGGGACUAUUUAUAUUUAACCUCUCUGCAAAAUCUAUUAAGAAGGAUAUUGAGGAGUCCUCGGAAAAUUGAGCAAAGUCAUCAAAGUCAAAAAUCCAAGCCACUAAGUCAAGAAUUCGAGCCAUCCAGUGAACAAGAUGAAGUAUAUUCUCUUGAAACAGAGUUUUCUACUGAAGGAUUAUCUAGUUACUGUUAAAUAAAUGAGUUUUCUUGUCAAGAAA